AUGUAACCAUUUUAACUAGCCUUAGUUGCUUAUAAUAUAACAUUUGCUGUACUCCUUAUAAUUAAUAUUUUUUGUUCUGAUUCUUUGGUAUUUCAACUAAGCUAUGCUUUUGUUCUUUUUCCUCAAGUAAUACACAAUAUUAGAUGGAAUUGUAAAGAGAACUUUAAUUUAUUUUAUAUUUUUGGAUAUUUGUCAUCUGGAUUAUUAUUUUAAACAUAUUUGAAUUCCUAUUCAAUUCAAACUAAUUCUAUAGACAUCGAUUAUCUAUAUAUAUCAUUAUUUUACAUUAUUUAUUUCACAUCUCUUUUGCUUCUUUAUUUACAAUACAAAUUUGGAUCAAGAUGUUUUAUACCUAAAUGUAUAUUGCAUAAACAUAUCUCAAUUUGUGCCAUAUGUUUGGAUUCCAUUGCUAUAGCUGAUAUGGAGGAUCGACUUUAGUUAUUGCCAGUUAUAUUAACAUCGUGUAAACACAAAUUUCAUGAAAAAUGUUUAAGAAAAUGGUUACAUGAGAAAAAAGAAUGUCCUUUUAGUAGAACAAAUUUAAAUGAGAUGAAUUUGCAAAUAAUUAAUUGA